CUGGUUUCCUUUCCCUCCACGUUAGCUGCCUGGUUGAUAAAUAGGUUUCUUAGAGGGCAGGUGGCACCUACAUUGCUACUCAUGGCUUGGUUGUAGAGCGGUUGUCUGCUUUUGUUAUUUGUCCUGUAACAAAUAGGAGCAGGUUUUUAGGGACUUCUCUCUGUUCUGAUUCCUCAGUGCUCUAGUUUGAUGGUGAGUGAACUCUUCAGGUAGAGCCACUCAUUAAAAGGGUUUCCCUGAAACCUUGGCACUGCGGUUGCAACAUCUAUCGUUGUCAUCGCUCACAAGAACAACUGGCACAAUCAGAGCACUGCAUAGAAGACCAUGGGGAGAUUACGAACUAUCCUUCUUUUGUGCCUUGGUUUUCUUCUAGUCCAUGUAAGGGGUCAACGUGAUUUUGAUUUAGCUGAUGCUCUUGAUCAUCCAGAGGACAUAAUUACCAGGAAACCUACAGUGAUCAGAAGACCAACAAGAAGGCCGGUGCUGAAUAAUGAUUUGCAUUUAGGAGAUGCUCUUGGUGGGGGUGACAUCCCAAGAAAACCUUUAUAUCCACCUCUUCCACCACGACCAGGAAGCCACAGUGAUUCUGGAGGUUUUAAUGACUUAGAUCUCCUUGAUGGGAAGCCUUUACCACCACAGCUACCAGGAGAAGACGAGCAUCAUUUCAAUCAUGGAGGAAAUACUGAUUCAGGAUUAAUAGCUGGAGUCACAUCUCCUAUAAUUUCUGCUUUUGUGAUAUUAGUUGUUGGAUCGAUAGCAGCCUACUCGGCUUACAAGAACAAGAAACUUUGUUUUAAACCACGAGGUCGGGCUACAGUGUAAACUGCUGAAAGAAAAGUUACCCAAUGACGACAGGCUGCUUUGAUUGGCGAUAUUAUCUUACAGAUUGCUCUUCUAAACUGAUGGUUUCCUUGGUCCAGAAAAGGAGCAUUCAGUCACAGCCUGACAAACUUUUAUUCUACUUCGUUUUUGUCAUCCUGAUACAGAAAAGUUUACCAAUCUUCCUCUGAACAUUUUGUUGAGACAUUGCAAUUCUCUUCUACCUGAUGUUACUCUUCCACCUUGAACCAUACGUCGUUAAAGAUGUGCUUAAACAGCUGUAGAUAAUAUUGCACUAUAUGAUGUCUAUUAAUAAAGGUGGAAUAGGUAUUUUGAUUCAAAAGUUAUUUUAGAUAAUAAAAUCCCCAAGAAAUCAAGUAUAAUAUGUACUUGAAAUUUAAUGAUUUUGGUUUCUGAGCAUUUGAGUCACUGAGCAUUUUUUCUUGUUUUCAUAAUCAGCCAAAAUAGUUGAUCCUUCUGAUAGAGUAAGGCAAUUGCCACUUCCAGUCAUACAUUUUGUGUUUCUUUAGUAUAUAUCUGUAUUGUCUAUAAUGUUUAAGGAAAAGUUGAAGUUAUAUAAAAAAAUUAAAAAUUAUAAUGCCUUUAUUUUGUAUCUAAUGUCUGAAUUCUUGCAAAAUAGAGCUAUAGAUGAAAAAUGUAUUAAUUUUUAAUUUUAAAUAUAGCAUGAGAAUAUGUAUACUGAUGGACCACUGUUUAAAAAAAAUCCCCGAAACAUGAAAGGAACACAUAUUUUGUUUUGUUUUGUUUUUUUUGAAAUGGUGUUUAGGUCUUCUCAAGAACUGGAAACUGAAAUAAAUUUUGUAAAUUCUCUUCUUGAAAACUUAACAGCCUGUUCUAGAAGUCUUUAUAGUCAUUAUAAUCUGACAGUUCUUUUUUAAUAAAGAAUCAUAUUAUUGAUAAUUUCUGUAAAGGAAAAAUAGGCACAAAGUUUUUGGAAUCAUUUAGAACUAGUCUGUGACACUUUGUUCUGUAAAAUUUAUGUCACACCUACUUUUAAAUUUCAUAUAUAUCCUUUAGCAGAGGCAAGGUUGAUACUGAAACCUUUUCUAGCAAGGCUGUUUCAUCUUUUCCCCUUGUUCCUGACCAGCCAAGCUGUGCUAACAAAUGUUCUCAUGUAGACAUCCUGUUAUCAAUAAAAACUGGCAUUUUCCUGA